AGGGGGCGCCAUGAAAGUGUUCCUGAAGGUGGUGACGACAUAUUCACGAGACGAGCAGCACUGGAGUUAAACAGGACAUGACUUUGUCAAGUCUAUAUUCGGCUUAAUAUUUAUUUUAUUAUACUUUGAUGAACUGACGAACUGUCUCGACGCCAAAAUGUCUGUGCUCAGAACCAUCAGAUGCAGCCCUCAAGUGUUGUGUAGAGGUCUGCUCGCGCGGUCUGCUUCCAGUCUGACUGAUGCAGAGACGAGACUCACGCGACUGUUGAAGGAGAAGUUUCCUCGCGCUUCAUCGCUCAAGGUGGUGGAUAUAUCAGGAGGCUGUGGUGCAAUGUACGAGAUACACAUCGAGUCUGAUGAGUUUAGAGGAAAGAGGACAGUGCAGCAGCACCAGUUAGUCAAUCAGGCUCUUAAAGAUGAGAUUAAAGCCAUGCACGGUCUGCGGAUAUUCACUGAUGUUCCUGGAAAAUAGCAACUGCUCGGCGUCAUUCUCACAUUGUGUCAGUCUGCCGUCUUAUAUCACACACCUCAGUCUCUCAGUCUGUCUCUCUUUUUAAAGUAAAAUAUGCAGAGUUAUAACAGUGGCAAAUAAAUACUCUACAUUUAUAAAUAAAAAUGUAUAGUUAGAUAUGGUUCACAAAUGCUGUGAUACGCACAAAAGAAAAGACUUGUCAUGUUGUUUUUGCUGUAAAUGAGAGCGUGAAAGAAAAAUGUAAAAAUAAGUGUGCAAGGCAUGUGGAUGGUUUGAAUCUUCAUUGUUCAGUAGUUUAUUGAUCCCAUUGUUUGUCUACAAUUACACUUGAAGUAGAUUUGUCAGUUAUCAGAUUUUUUUUUGUUCUGUUAUGUCUGUUGAUCCAUUAAAUCAUGUCACAUCCUUUA